AUGAAUUCCCGUAUGUCAAAACUACGUCGAAGCCUUUCAAGGAGUGUAUUUCAACUGAAUCAAUCCCUGAGUCGACAAAACAGUUUGAAUGGACUUGUUGACCUUCCCACUAUGACAAAUACAACACUAGUUGACAAAUUUGCGGUGAGUUGAAACAAACAUUUUGUUUGUUUUGUUAUUUGCUACUGAUAAAUGUUAUCAGAUAAAAAUUGUUUCUAUAAAAUUUAGACACCGCAAAACUUCCGUCAGCUACGAGAUCUGAUUCGAAACAACAACGAUAUUCUCGCUGAAAUCGUGACAGCUUUUGAAGAAAAAGCAGCGCUUGAUUUUCAUUAUUCGAAAAGUUUGAAGAAGAUUUCCGGAAAAUUGCAAAAACUAACCGGAAAUUCGGAAUCUGGGAUUGACAAGGGUUGGAUAAAUGUGGCUGAACAAUUUGAUAUUCACGCGACAAUUCACAGGUUAGAAAAUAUGACCAUUACAAAAUAACCAUUCCAGAAAUAUCAUAACUCUUUAAUUUUUAAGUAAUCUUGGAUCUGCUCUAACUGAGGACAUAAUUCAACCAUUACGCUCAGUACAAUCAUCACAACAGAAAACAAUUCGAGCAGCUGAUAACUUUGUAGAACGAGAGAUUCGAAAAAUGAAAGAUAAAAAAGAUGAGACGCAGAAAAUGAAGCGAAGCCUUUAUGUUCUAUCAAAAGAAUUGGAGAAAAUCGAACAGUCGGCUGAAAAUGACAAAUUGCAUCCCGAAAAAUUCACGCUGCGCAAAAAGAAAUAUCGAGAACAGAUGACAAAAAGUGAGGAUGAAUACAUUUGGCAAACGAUUGAUUUGGAAAAACAAAGAAGGUUUGUAAAAAAUAGAAAGUAUAGGAAAAGAAACAAAAUGGAAAAAGAAACAAAUCAUGAUGAGCAAUGCCUCAUUCUCUCUUUCUCUGUUCUCUCUCUUCUUUUUUAUUAUAUAUCCCUUGCGCUAGAAAAAAUUGGCGCCAAAAAAGAAGGAAAGAAAACAUAACAUUUUUGCAGAGUGACAGAGAAUGUUUUGCGAAAAGGCGUUGAGAGUAUGGAAUCUGUGGAGAGACAAAGAUUGGCACAUUGCCAAACUGCACUUGGGCGAUAUAAGAGAAAAAUUGAGAACAUGGGACCGAAUUUGCAACAAAUGUUUGAGAGACAUUCGAAUAAUUUGGAAAUUGCUAUGGAUUCACAGAUCGAGGAUUUUAUUCAAACGAUUCAACCAUCUACAUCUGCUGUGAAUCAUAUUACAUUAGUUGAUUUGUAUGCCGAGAAUUUUGGAGAGGUUAUGAGUUCGACGAGAAGAAGACAAAAUCUUGAUCGGGUUUCGGGUAUUUUGGAUAAUGAAUUGAAGAGAUUAUUUGGAAAACAAUCAGCUGAUGUUAUGGUGGCAAAUUCGAAACAAAUGGUUGGUUGAAUCAAAAAGAAACCAAAAAAAAAAUCGACUCAAAAAACAGAAAAAAGUGAAAAAUUUUGAAAAUUCAAUAUCCAAAGAAAUAUAUUGAUAUUGAUUAUUUGAUUGUUUCACAGCUGGACAGCAAACCAAAGAAAAAUUCAGGAAAAAAAAUAAAAAUCAAUAAAUUGAAACAAGUUUUACGUUGCGCAACACGAUGUGACCAAAUAUGAAAGUGAAAUUGAAUUGAAAGGUGAAGCCUGUAUUUUUUCCGGAUGAUCAACAAUUGAAGUUUUUUACAAGGGCUUCAAAUGUUUAAAAAAAUUGUUAUAUAUAGGUUUUUUGCACUUAAAAAGCUGGACCACUUCCUGUGAAUGAAAAAUAAGGGGACAAAAGUCUUUGUUGUUGAGCCUCCUUUGUUCACAUAAUUUUGGAGAAAGGUUUUUUGGAAAAAGAAUGAGAAAAAAUGAAAUAUAGGAAAAAUAGGAAAAAUAAACAUUUUUCACACUUUGAAAAAUAUUUGAAAAAAAUUUUGAAUCAAAAAAAAAUUUUUAAACAAUUGUUUAAGCCUCUAGAUUUUGAAUUGAAAACAAUUAAACGAAAGAUCACAAAAUAACUUAGAAAAAAAGUAUUUUCUUAAAAACCUAAAAUAUUGGAACACAUUUUCCCGAAAACAUAAAAAAGUUACUAUACAAUCAAGCUCCAAAAAAUUUUCCUGAGUUUUGCGAGAAAAAGUCUCUUUGGGGAUUAUACUAUUUUUUCAAAGGACACUAUUAAUUUUCUUGUCUCCUUUUUAUUUCAAUUUUUCAAACAAGUUCUUUGAAAAUAUAUCCUUCCCUCUUUUACCCCUCAAAAUUCAAUUUUCAGAGUGUCACUGAAUUCAUCGAAUAUUUACUCUACAAAAUCAAUGAUGCGAUAAGCAUAGUUGAUGGCGGACAAAAUCGAGGUUUCAACAGAUUGGCCAGAUAUCAGCAGAAAAUCAAAGAUAAAUCCGGUCUACCAAUGACGAUUUUGACAAUUCCCCUAACUGGAGAGAAUAAUUCAUUACCACCACCGGCUUUGACUUCAUUUGACACAUCGAUUUGUGCUUCUUCAAUUCGAGGAAGUGUAGAUUGUGAUUAUGAGGAAUAUGAGAAAAUAUCGGAUGAUGGAUUUUAUUCAAAUGGAUCUUCGAAUGGUAAAACUAUCACUACUUUCAAUGAACCUUCUUGCUCUUCGCCACAACAAAUUUGUCGAGUUUUGUAUGAUUUUGAACCGAAACAUGCUGAUGAAAUUCAGGUGAUUUUUUAUUUUGUAAAAUUUCCGGGGAGGGGGUGAAUUUGAAUUCGAACUUUGUUUGAACAAAUGAACAUAAUUUCAAAAAUACAUUUUUCUGAAAUUUUUUUCCAAAUCUUAAAUUUGGAUUUUUCAAGUUUUCAAUAAACUUUCAGAAUUUCAACAUUAAAUUUUUGAAACAGUAAAAUUGUUGACCUUAAAAGUUUCUGUAGUUUUUUGUAUACAAAAAUCUUGAGAAAAUCAUUUUUAAAAAUUAUUUCGAAAUAUUGAACAAAUAUUUGUUUGAAGUCUAAAAUUUAUUUCAAAAAAUUAAUUUUCCAAUUAUGAAAAUAUUUGAUUUUUCAAAUUAUAAUUGCGAAAUUCCGCCUCUUCCUCCUCAAAAAUCCCUCGAACAACAAUUGUUGUUAUUUUUCAGAUUCGCGAAGGUCAGUGUGUUAUUAUUGAAGAUCGAAUUGGUGAAGACUGGCUAAUUGGCCACGUCAUAAGUCAACCUUCGAAUUCAAGCUUGCCACCGAUGUCAAAUCAUGUGAAAUCUGGCAGAUUUCCAACAACUUAUGUCUCAUUUUUAGGAUAG